CUUUUCUGUAGAAAGGUCACCGGAAGUUCUCAUAUUAACCGCAAAAGAAUGCACCAGAGCCUGCCUUGAAAUAGCGGCCAUUAGAAUCAACAAAAGACAAAUUCGCUAGCGUUUGUUAAUAUUUCUCACCUGAAAUUGUUUUCAGCUUGGUAUUACAUUAGUCUGCGAGUGUAACAUUUGAUCUGCAAGGGACAUGGGUAGGAGCAGGAGUCGAACUCCUCCUCGGCGAGAGAGAAGGCGUUCCCGCUCAACUUCACGGGAUCGUGAGCGAAGGCGAAGGGAAAGGGAUCGCUCACGUUCUCGAGAUCGGGAUCGUGACCGUCGAAGAAGUCGUUCACGAUCUCCUCACAGGAGGCGGUCAAGGUCUCCUAGACGUCACCGCUCCUCCUCCCUCUCUCCUGUGAGACAAAAAGACAGACGUGAAGAGGAGCGCAAAGAAGUGAAAGAAAAGACAGCAAAGCCCAUUCAGAUAUCAGCGGAGGACAUGCACGGCAAAACAGAAGAGGAAAUUGAGAUGAUGAAACUGAUGGGAUUUGGUGCCUUUGACAGCACCAAGGGGAAGAAAGCUGAUGGAUCGGCCAAUGCAUAUGCUGUGAAUGUGACCAUGAAGAGAAAAUACAGGCAGUACAUGAACAGAAAAGGUGGAUUCAACAGACCGCUGGACUUCAUCGCUUGAAAGUAACUCUGAAUGAUACCUGAGAAGCUUAUCUUCACUCUCCCCUCACUAUAGUUGAUGAUAUUGUGCUAUUCAAAACCUGUUUUGUGUUAAGCAACAAUUCUGUAUAUACCUUUUUAUAAGUGAACACAAAUGUAAAUAAUAGUACUUGCAGUAACUGCUGAAUAUUAAUAGGAGAGUCUUUGUCGACACAAUGUAUGGAGCUUUGUCUUGUGGAGGUGUAUGGGGUUUUGAUCUGAAAUAAAAUACUUUUAAAAAGUG